AUGGGGGACGUCCAUAGUAGGAGGAGUCCUCCAUUCCCUUCGCCUACCGAGACCCUGUCGUCCACCGUGUCUCAACCUCAUAUGCAGCCUCUCCGAUCGCCCGGCUACCGACCCUCCCAUGGUCACCAGUCCCAAAAGUUGGCCGAUGAACUUGCGGAUAGGGUGGAUGCUCUGGAGAAGGCAUCGGUCCAAGUACCUCGUCUCUCUCGUGGGGACUCCACGGAGCAUAGUCUUGGUCUGACGCCGAUCACCGAAGACCCGCGAUCGGAACGUGAGCGACAAGAAGAGCAAGGACGGAGCUCACACACCCUAAAGGAGUUGCGAAGGCAGAUGGAAGAGCUGCUCGUAUAUCAGCAAAUGCAGCAAACCCUGCCUCCAGUUUCGCAGACCCAACCCGUGUCUGCCCUCUCGAACGAUACCCCAAGAAAGAGAAGAUUGUCCAACACUUCCGUGGAGGUUCCAGUUACCAUCGUGCGCCCAUCUACAAGCUCAACGGACUCAGCCGGAACAAUCAAAGGCGUCGACACUGAAAUGCCAUCUCCCGAUCACCCACAACCGACACCAUCAUACCCCUUUCCACGAAUGCAGCACCGAGCUGCCAAGAUGGGGCUUGAGCCGGCAGGGCGCGUGGGACAAUUUAAAUUGAAACUUCCGUCUGAGAAGUCUCCUCCCACGGCGGAAUCUCAGGCUACGAAUAACCCUCCAACAAAAGAAGCAGACACCGCGCCCGUUUUUCUACCCGAUCAACAUAAAAGUGUCAUGGAAGAUCCCAAUUAUGCCAGCCCCAAUCUGUAUGAUCUGACACUACAACUGAAUGCUCAGUCAGGACUCGAAUCAUGGUGGUCUAACCUGAUCGACAUUCUGCAAACUCAUUACGGCGCCGAUCGUGCAUCACUUGCUGUUCCGGGAGAUGUCACUGAUCUAGAGAACGUACCCUGGGGCCAAAAAGCAGUCUUCAACGGCAGCAUCGAUACGUCGUUGGAUGACCUUCAAUCACGUAACCUCGAAAAGCCACUGUGCCCUGAAACUGCAGAAACAACUGCCACACCACGUAAGAAACAAACAACUGCCACGAGGAAGCCCGAGGAUGGAUUGCAGAGCAAAGCCUCGACUACACGGCCGUCUCUAGCAUCGCGUCAUUCUUUCGCAGGUUUCGACAAGAACAAGGAGAAAGUCCCCCACCUGGAUCAACACCAACUUCCCAAAACAAACACCAAGUCUGCGAAAAAGCACGUACAAAUUGCUGGCCAACAAGAAGAGCUUGCAGACGAUACCAUCAACGCCCUCCUCGGUGGUUUGCGACAGGCUGUGUUCCCGAUAGCCCGAGCAUUGGAAGUGGAACCAGAUCCUCUCAUUAAGCGCACAGGCGUGCCCAGACUGUUUGGACGGACCCGUCCUGCAGUUUUGACCCGCCAAUAUUCAGAAGUUUCCACGGAUUUCGCGCAUCCUUGGAACGAGAUGGUCCAAGUCACUCCCACUGUCGAUAGCCCCGAAUCCAGCUCGAAUCAAGGCACAAACCCGGCCCCAUUGGCUUCGAGCCUAGGUCCCCUUAGGCUGAGAAAUUACGACGAAUACGAGCAAAUCCCACAAUCUCCGUGGUCCCAGUCUCCUGCUCCCUCGCCUGCACCUCGUACGCAUGCGGACCAAAACCCAUUCUUUACAAAUCACUCGGUUGAUGAAGGGGCUUUCUCCAAAAACCCUCCUUCGCAUGAUUAUUCCAACAACCUCCCCUUGGAAGCUAUUGGAGUUGAUCAAUCCAAGACCGUCAUUCACAUUCCUCUUCUACACGGCGGUCAUUUUAACCAGAACUCUUCGUCGACGUUAAGAUUCCCUGUUGCCAUUGUAUCAAUGCUGUCUACAAUUGUGCCCUACCCGCCCAAUCUUAGGCAAUCACUCGCGUUUUUGAUGCCUCAUUUAACAAAUUCUUUCUGUCUGGCUCAACGAGUUAGCCAGCUUGAAAAGCAGUUAGUAUCAAAAGUGGAGACUCCCCGCUACGGCAACCUACUAGGUCUCGGGGGAACAUUCUCAGAUGCAAGCAGUGAGCUAGAACUUGUUGCGGGGCUAAGUGGUCAUGUCAAUUACUCCGUCGGUGAUAAUCACCCAAUGUCUGCGCAUAACAGCAUCACCAGCCCCAGCGACCGUUCAUCUGCGAAAUUCAGUCCCGCUGUAUCUGGAUUUGGGACACCCGGGUUUGAUUUAGGAUAUGGAUUUGGAUCCACGAAUCAUUCUCCAAGAUUGACAUCACGUUCUGGCGGAGAAAGUGCUGAUGGGUACUUCAAUGUUCCACCGCAGAAAAGCACUCGAGAAAAUAUUUCUCAAACCAGACCUCGGCUCUCUAAGUCAAAAACCAACAUUGAAUCUUCGACACCGGCUUCCCCCGGGAAAUCGGUUGGCAAAGCGACCACUUGCGAGGACACCAAUCCACUAGACCCGACUGUGAUAGUCGGAUCUCCAUUACAGGAGAUCAGACCCCACCUUCCUACCCUUUCUCCAACUCAGCAGUCAUCACGUCAAGCAUCUACAAACUCCUUGUAUGCUCAGUUACAGCGAGAGAUCUCACGCCCGGUUCCUGACACAAUAGCCCAUUUAAUGCUGAACUCAAUUCCUUUGCAUCUGUUCCUGGCCAAGCCCCAGAGCGGCGAGGUGAUAUGGACCAACAGCAAGUUCGAUGCAUACAGAAGAAGCCAGCCACAGGAACACACAUUGCGUGACCCGUGGCAAAAUAUACACAGCAGCGAACGCGAGCAUGUGGAUAGCGAAUGGGCAAAUGCCUUACGGACAGGCGCGCAGUUCACUGAAAGGGUCCGGGUCAGAAGAUACAAUGAUGAAUCAGCAUACCGUUGGUUCAUUUUUCGGGCAAACCCGCUGAUCUCAUCGGCAACAGGAGAAUUGCUAUAUUGGAUCGGCUCUUUCCUGGACAUCCAUGAGCAACACAUUGCUGAACUUGAAGCGACACAAGAAAGAGAGAAGUUUGCUAUCGACGCAAAGUACCGGGCAUUUUCCAAUUCGAUCCCACAAGUCGUUUUCGAGGCAACAGAAAACCGUGGGUUGAUCUUUGUGAACGAGCAGUGGAAUUUGUACACUGGUCAAACCCUCGAGGAAGCACACGACCUUGGAUUCACCAAACAUGUCCAUCCCGCUGAUCUUGAAAAGUGUGGAGGAUUGUCUCUCAACAAAGCAGCCCGUCAUGCAGACUCGGACGACAUUGCACCGUCAUCAUCCAUCGUCGGUGUCGGAUCAGCUCUGGAUGAGCUGGUGAGACGCGGAGUUGCUUCUUUACAGAAAGACGAGAAUGGUCGAGUGUUCUAUUCUACUGAGAUUCGUCUUAGUUCCCGAGGUGGUGAUUUCAGGUGGCAUUUGGUUCGCCUAGUACGUGUCAAGACAAGCAGUUUUGGAAGCGAGGAAGCCUCUUGGUACGGAACAUGUACCGAUAUCAACGACCGCAAGAAUCUUGAAAGAGAACUCAACAAGGCCAUGCAACAGCUGAACAACCAAAUGGAGUCCAAGACAAAGUUCUUCAGCAACAUGUCCCAUGAAAUUCGAACACCGCUCAAUGGAAUUCUGGGCACCAUUCCGUUCAUUCUUGAUACACAACUUGACAGUGACCAGAGGCGAAUGCUUGACACCAUCCAAAACAGCUCAACCAAUCUUCGCGAGUUGGUCGAUAAUAUUCUCGACGUUUCGCGUGUUGAAGCUGGAAAAAUGUCGAUGGUCAAAUCUUGGUUCCACGUCAGGUCCAUGAUAGAGGAUGUGAUUGACACCAUCGCCUCCCGAGCGAUUGAUAAGGGCCUCGAGAUCAACUAUCUCAUGAGCGCAGACGUACCAUCCAUGGUGAUCGGAGAUCGAUUCCGAAUUCGCCAAAUCCUCAUCAACCUUCUCGGAAACGCGGUCAAGUUCACCGCGCAAGGUGAAAUCCAUAUCUCCUGUAGCAUGCAUCGCAAUGCAAUUACAGAUGACAAGGACACCCAAGCAUUUUUGGGUUUCGAGGUCGUAGAUACCGGGAAAGGCUUCAGCCCACAGGAUGCGGAACGACUGAUGCAGCGGUUCAGUCAACUUGGAGAAAAUGGCUCUCAGCAACAUGCAGGCAGUGGCCUUGGACUAUUCCUGUCAAAGCAGCUUGUUGAAAUGCAUGGCGGCAAGCUUACGCCUAGCAGCAAAGAGGGCCAGGGCGCAAAGUUCUCUUUCAAUGUGGAGGUUGAUGCUCCUCCGCCACCGUCGCCCUCUGAACAACCUAAACUGCUUCGCCAUGGUUCAAGCGGCUCCAGAAGACCACCAAAUUCCAGAACGACCUCUUAUCAACAAGCGCCACCUUUACAUUCUCAUGACUCUGACUCGCCUUCUGGACUCGGCUCAAAGAAUCUCUACCCACCUUCGAUCGGAUCUUCCGCUUUGCCCACCCCAGAUAUUGGCUCUGAUCCUUUACCGCCUCCUUUGGAUCAGACGAAGGCCUUGUCAGGCAUACCGGAUACUGUUUCAAGCCGAGAAAUUGAACCUGCCGUCACGAAACCUGGUGCAAGCUCAUCGAAUUCGCCAGCCCAUUUAACAUCGCCUUUGUCUCAAACAUCUGCGUCUCCAAAUCAAGCAGAGGGCCCUGUCGCCGUUCCGUCUAACGGUCCAUUUUCUAUCGUGAUCUUAUGUUCGCUUGAAAAUUCUCGAAAAGCCACAAAGCAGCACAUCGAGCAAGUUGUACCUCGCGAGAUUCCUUUCAACAUUAAAGCAUUGCCUGAUGUUGAUGAGUGGAAAGACAUGCUACAUCAUACUUCUGAUACGCAGCCUUGCACGCAUUUGGUCUUGAAUCUUCCCACCGAUGACAUCCUCGAGGUCAUUCACCUUGUUUCUGAUUCACAGAUGGACCCCGCACCGGUUGUGGUAAUCAUAUCAGAUCUAUACCAGAAACGCCAAAUCAGCACGCGAGUCAAAGAGCUGGCGGCAACAGGGAAGCAGGUCUUCAUUGUGCCAAAGCCCGUCAAGCCCUCUGCAUUCUCCACCAUUUUCGAUCCCGACAGCAAGCGUGAACUAAGCAAAGAUCGGAACCAAGACAUGGCACGCGAAAUCAAUAACAACUUCAAGACCGUAUCCAAGAUGGUCAAAGAGGUUUUGGGUAACAAAGGUUAUCGAGUCUUGCUUGUGGAAGACGACGAAACCAACCGCGAUGUCAUGUUGAAAUACUUGGAUAAGAUCAAACUCAUGUCAGAAACGGCAUCCAAUGGAGAGGAGUGUACCAACAUGGUGCUCUCCAAAGAACCAGGAUACUAUUCUCUCAUUAUUUGUGAUAUCCAAAUGCCCAUCAAGAACGGUUACGAGACCUGUAAAGAUAUCCGUGACUGGGAACAAAAGAACCAUUAUCCGCAGAUUCCAAUCAUGGCCCUUUCGGCCAACGCAAUGACAGAUCAAAUCGAAGACGCUGCCCGUGCAGGAUUCAAUGACUAUGUCACUAAGCCGAUCAAACACAACGAAUUGGGCAAGAUGAUGAUGGGACUUCUCGAACCCGGUCGACCCCUCAUGCUUUUACGGGACCGCCUUGGCCCAGAGCAUCAGAAAGCCGCCGCUGCUGCUCGCCGUUAA